AGGGGCAAUGGCAGGAGGCCCGUCCCAAACGCCUCAAUCUAAAAAGAAAGGCAAACUCGAAUUUGCUUCGCUUAGGCACAGGGACAAGCUGUACGGCGGGAUCUGUCUUCCCAAACGUUGUCUGCUGUACCGCCCUUGUUGCGACAGCGUAUCCAAUUCCGCGAUGUACGGAGAACCAGCGCUCGUCUGCGUGAGCAUGUUAACCGGCUUCGCUUACCUCGUUCCCUCUCUUGUACGCUGAUGUGAAGAUUCCGGGUCUCUCGGGAUGGAAAGGUGUUGAACGAAGUUGUCUCCAACGGGGCAGUGGGUUGCUCAAACAGAUAAAGGUACAAGACAAUACUUCCGCCCGCCGCGAAAAUGCCCCUCCAGCACUAGCCAACACGCGAUCGAUUAUGUCUCCUGUCAGCGUUUCUAUGAUGUCAAAGACUGAAGCACAAUUGAGUCUGUUCUGAAGCCCAUCUUUUCCAGCGGUGCUUCGACGCCUCUGACGAAGUGUCUGCUGUAUGUACACCCACUUCGUUGCCGGUGCCGCAUGGUGCCAGUUGGUGUUUCUCGUUCAUCGGGCGCCAGACUUUUUUUCAGUCCUCUCUGCGCUCGUGUUUUCCGGCCGGCAGCCUGUUGCGCCCGAUCCGUUGAGUUCGGAAAGUAAACGGAACACGUGGACAAAGCAGAUGGGAAAGGCGCAGCCAUCCCCGUACGAAAUUCUCGGCGUGGCUCCGAAUGCCUCGAGAGCAGAAAUACGCGCUGCCUUCUUUCGGGCAGCGCGUCUCUGCCACCCUGAUAAGCAGCAGCAGCUCCAGAGACUGAACGACUUGAACGGCUGCUCGCUGUUGAGCGAAGACACAAAUAAUUUGAAACCGGAUCCUACAAACGCCGUUUCCGAUGGCAAGUCAUCACUUCCCCCAGAUAGACAGCUGGACCGUUCGGGACUUCAGAGCAGGAAUCCCGACGGUGCCACUGUUUCCGUACCACCCGAUGAGACAGUACAUUCGUCUAGAUCACAGGGAAAUGAGAAAAUAGGGGGAAAAGGACGCUGUUUGGCGGACGGGAACGCCUUCAGUUCGACAGAGGCUCCUACUCGGGACUUUAUUAUUCUAAAGCAGGCAUUUGACGCGCUGCAGCUGCCGGAGACACGCCAGGAAGUCAACCAAGCCCUUCUUCGGAGAGAGCUUGCUCAUGCUACGCGUGUCCGUGUUUCCGACCUCCAGCGGCUCGACGAGGAGAUCUACUUCUUCGUUUGUCGAUGCGGCGAGGAUGUUCCCAUCAGUGCAUGCGAAUUGGACACCAGGAGAUGUCCUCGGCGCAGCAAGGUGCCUUCAAGAUCCACUUCAGACUUUGAUGCUGAGUCUGAAGACUCGAAGGUGCCGACAUCCGAUGCCCGGGAAGAUGACGUUCAGAGCGGACAUGGGCUUUCCUGCGAAGUGCGAGGAACGGGGAGGACUACCCCAGAGGGACGAGUGACAUGUGACUCAGACGGUGGAAAACUCGACGAGAAACCCAGGAGGGAGGAACAAAGUGACGGAUCGAAGCGAGAUGAGAGUGGCUGGCGGAAGAUGGAGAAGACAAGGUGUCAUGGAGCUGGCAUUGAGGAUAACGUGCUGGUAAAAGUUUCAUGUGAAAGCUGCUCGCUAACGAUCUGCGUAGUUGAUGAUUAGAAUGCAGUCUGGCCGGGCCCACAUCGGCAGCAACAGAGUAUGAAAACCAGCUGCGAACGAAGGGUACGAUUGUUGUUGGUGCCUGGCUCUCCGUUUGUUGAAGCGGUGAUGACGUGUGUAUGACAGAAAGAGAAGAAAUUAGAUAGUUCAAAGCUUUGCAGGAGGCGUACCGUUAGUGGGUACCGCCUGUGAGGUGCCGGCGUUUUGUCUCGGGGGGCUGAGGAACAGGGAAGGGACAGGUUGGGCACAGUGAGGUUCCGAGAGGGGCGACGAUUUUGUUCUUUGCGUGGGAUAUAUGAUGUGGACAACCGACCCCGCGCACGCUGAACGUUUUUACUGAUCCGCGUGCGCGAAUGCGGGAAAUUUGGUCAACUGCCGUUUUUUUCGUCUUUCUUGUGUAAGGAUGUCUCGGCCAUGACAACCACGGAAUGAGCGAAGCCACUCAGGGCUUGCUUUCUCCCCUCCUGACAAAGCGGCUUUUCCGGAGGUACCUUUUACACGAUGCCGCCCAAGCAGCGAGAGAAGGACCCGUGUUGAAUCCACUGUUGCACUCUUUGC